GCCAUAUGAGAGUUCGUUUCCUUUUUCCAGAAAUCACAUCCACACCGACAAGUUAUCAAUGUCACCAUUGGAAAACUCUACAACAGUGUUUUGACAACCACCGCACCAAAAUUAUAUGACAAUCUAAGCCAGCCUGAUCGAAUGGCAUCGGCAAUCUCACUUCCCCGUUCUCUGUCAACACUUGUUCUGUCCCGGCCCAGAUUCCCUCCAUCUCGGAUGCACCGGAAUAUGUGGAUCAAUGCUAGUGGUGCUUCUAGACUCUCCUAUUUCCCUCUUUCUCACUCUCAUUCUCCUUAUCUUCCUCUUCCGCUUUGCCAUCCUGUUCCUCUUCCUCCUUCUCCUCUUCAUUUUCUGCGCCAACCUAGUUCACCUCCUUUUCGACGUUCUGUCUCCCUAAUGACCUCUCCUCCAGCUUCUUCCGCCUCCGAUCACUCCUCUCCCACCAAAACGGAGAGGGUUAUGAUCAAGGGUCGGGUUCAGGGUGUGUGGUACAGGAAUUGGACCAUUGAAAAUGCGACGCAAUUGGGGUUGAAAGGUUGGGUGAGAAACAGGAAGGAUGGGUCUGUGGAGGCUCUAUUCUCCGGAAGCCCUGAAGCGGUGCAGGAAAUGGAGCGAAGGUGUCGCCGAGGCCCCCCUGAUGCUGUGGUCACGGGGCUCGAGGUUUUCCCGAGCCAAGACGACCCUGGCACUGCAUUCGAGCGCAAGCCUACUGUUUGAUUACUCUUUGUAAAAAGAGUGGUUUCUCAUUGCCCUAGUUACUAUAGGUACUCACUGUCGUCAUAAACAGCAUAAAAAAUGUAUCUAAACAUUGAAGACUCAGAGGAAUAUAUAUGGACCGUGUGGUUGUGACAA